AUGUCGUUCCUGUGGCAUGCCCUGUCAUGUAUUUUACUGGUGGCUCUGACGGAUGCAGUUCCUCUCGCUAAGGAUGUUGGCGUACCACUUAACAAUCAAAUUCCACGAGAUGCAAAAGCAGUCAAUUAUAGUCUCCCGACAACAGUGAUACCCAAACAUUAUACAAUUCGGCUUGAACCUAACAUUGUUCCGGGUCAAUUUACGUUCAAGGGUGAAACCGAUAUCCAAAUACAUUUCAACGUGCAAACGGAUACGAUCGUGCUACAUGCUAUGAAUCUUUCCAUCGAUGGGAAUUACACAGAACUUCUUGAUUCGACUAGGAAAGUACCAUCAGGCGUCAAACUGAGCAGUACUUACGAUGAAGUCACGCACUUCUACACAUUAAAACUGGGGAGGAUGAUUCCCAAAGGUGAUUAUGUAUUGAAAAUGAAAUACACUGGAAUAUUACACGACGAUAUGAAUGGAUUCUACCAAAGUUCAUACUUCAACGAUCAAGGUGAAAAAGUAUAUUUGGCGACGACCCAGUUCGAGCCAACUUACGCAAGACGAGCUUUCCCAUGCUUCGAUGAGCCAUCAUUUAAAGCGAAAUUCAAAAUAUUCAUCACACAUUUUGAAAACUACACAGCAGUCUCAAACAUGCCAGCCGUUAGACAAAAUAGGCCGGUGGGUGAUAAAACGAAGUGGAUCACUGAAUUUGAAGAGACCAAGAUUAUGUCACCGUAUCUCGUAGCUUUUGUUGUUUCGGAUUUCAAGUAUCUCUCAAAUUCUGAUGGAUCAUUCAGAGUUUUUGCAAGAAAUAAUAAAAUUCAUCUGGGUAGAUUUGCUCAGGCCAUAGGUCCUAAGGAACUCGCCAUGUUAGAAAAAUUCACAAAUAUCAAAUACCAAUUAUCAAAAAUGGAUAACUUCGCGAUACCACAGUUCCUCGCUGGUGCUAUGGAGAACUGGGGACUGGUCACAUACAGGGAAAGUGCUCUUCUGUAUGAUGAAAAGAGCAUGACGACGGAGACCAAGCAAGCAAUUGCCAGUGUCAUAUCACACGAGUUUGCCCACCAAUGGUUCGGGAAUCUUGUCAGUCCUUUCUGGUGGGAAUUCACAUGGCUCAACGAGGGUUUUGCAAAUUACUUCCAAUACUGGAUAACCGAUCAGGUUCAGCCCGAAUGGCGCGUGAUGGAUCAGUUUGUGACCGAAAAUCUCCAGGAAAUAGCGUUCACCGCUGACGAUAAUAAGACCCAGCAUAGCAUGGAUGUUCCGGUGAGCGAUCCGGUUCAGAUUUACAGCAUUUUCGACAGCAUUUCAUACAGCAAAGCUGGCUGUAUCAUUCGUAUGUUUUCACACGUACUCACACCAACCGUAUUCCAAACUGGGUUGCAGAAUUAUUUGACAGCAAAGAGUUAUCAAGUGGCGACUUCUGAUGACUUGAUCAAAGAAUUAGUUGCGGUCGGUAAAAGUAUUCCGAACCUGAAAGAUGCACUGGUUUCUUGGAUCAGACAACCAGGCUAUCCUGUCGUCACGGUUAUCCGAAAUCAUACAACCGGAACCGCUGAAGUAUCGCAAAAGAGGUUUUUAACAGAAAAUACAACACAGCCCAGUACAGAGAAGUGGUAUGUUCCAAUAAACGUCGUUGUUGAAGGGGAAUCGAAGGGCUUCUCAGAGACUAAGCCGACUACGUGGCUCAAAGAUGACGGCAAAUCCUUGUCACUCUCGGGAUAUAAGAACGGCAGCUGGAUCAUGCUGAACAGUCAACAAACUGGUUACUACCGUGUGAAUUACGAUCUCAAAAACUGGCAGCUGAUCAUCGAUUAUCUGAAAAACGAAAAUAUGACUGAGAAGAUUCACACAUUGAAUCGGGCUCAGCUUCUGGAUGAUUCAUUCCACCUUGCACAAGCUGCUGAACUCCCGAACCAUUCUGUUUUCUUUGAAAUGACGAAUUACCUUCAACAAGAAAAAGACUACGUUCCAUGGUAUUCAGCCCAUCGUGCGUUCGCCGUUCUCAACAGAGCUUUAGCGAACACUGGAAGUUACGAUCUCUUCAAGCUCUAUAUUCAACGGCUUACUUCAAACUUGGAAGCAGCGCUGGGCUAUACCGAAAAGCAAAAUGAUACAGACAUCGAUAAAAUGAACAGAGUAAACGUAAUCAGAACAGCGUGUGCCAUGGGUUCCGAAAAAUGUUUGUCUGCUACUCACGAAAUGCUGGUUGAGCACGUACUCCAUUCCAACAAGACUUCAGCCGAUCUUCAAAGCGUCGUGCUAUGCGCUGGAAUGAGGUCCGCGAGCGCUGAAGAGUGGGAACAAACUUACAAUUAUACAACGACCUUAAGCAAAGACUCCGACGAACGUCGUACCCUCUUGAACUCGCUCGGCUGUUCUUCUGAUUCAGCAAUUCUCAAAAUGUACCUUCAAAAAUCUUGGCUCAUAGAAGCUGUUGUUAAUAGAAAUGACACCGUGAAAGCAGUGUACACUGGUGAUAUCAAUGGAGUCGAUGUCAUCUUCAGUUUUAUCAACGACAAUUUCGCUACGAUCCUUGACCGUGACGGCAAUACGGACGUCAUGUUGCAAUACCUUGUACAGAUUGCAAGCAGAAUGACAACCGAUAAGCAGAUCGAAAAGCUGGAGGCAUUUAUUAAAAACUUGCCUGCCGAGCAUAAAUCCUUUGGGGAAGCGUUGACACGCGAAGCUGUUAGUAAAGCCAAGAAGAACGUCGAGUGGGUGACAAAAUAUGAAAAAGCCAUACAAACAUUUUUGGAAGCGCAGGGUUUGGUUGACAAGCAUUCUCAACCCAAUUCAUCAAGCAUUUCCCUUCCGAGCAUCACGCUAGUAGGAUUAUUGACUCUCGCUGCAGUUUUUAGGCGAGCCUAAAAUCAUAUUCGUAUUAACCAAAAGAAGGUUGCUGAUUUUAGUGAGUGACUAUUGAAAAAUAUUUAAUUAGAACAAAGUUCGUUCUUAAAACUACCAACCAAGUCACAAAUUAUUCGCAAUUUAUAAAUUAAGGACUUUUCAUAAUAUCUUGUAAUUAAAAAAACAAAUGUUCGUUUCCGUAUCGGAAUUGAAUUAAAUGAAUCAAAUCUCGAAUUAAUAAAUAGAAAAUUUACACCCGAAAUAUCGAAUCGUAUCUU